AUGGUAGUUUCAACCUUCACACAUGAUUAUUCAUCCCCUAUUGCUCCAUCACGCAUGUUCAAGGCUUUAAUCACAGACUCUAGCAAUUUGCUUCCAAAACUCUUACCUCACUUUAUAAAAGAUGUCAACAUAAUCCAAGGAAAUGGUGAAGCUGGAAGCAUUGAACAAGUUAACUUUGCUGAUGCUAGUCCUUUCAAAUACCUAAAAAAUAGGAUUGAUAAGAUUGAUAGUGAGAACUUGGUAUGCAACUACACAAUGAUCGAAGGAGAUCCAUUAGGUGACAAGCUUGAGUCAAUAGCUUAUGAGGUUAAGUUUGAGGCCAUUAAUGAUGGAGGUUGUCUUUGUAAGAUGACCAGCAAAUACAAUGCUGUUGGAGAGUUUGAAGUCAAAGAGGAAGAGAUCAAGGAAGGAAGGGAAAGCUCUAUUGGAAUUUGCAAAGUUGUUGAAGCCUAUUUGCUUGAGAAUCCACAAGUCUAUGUUUGA